UGGAUUUAAUUCAAUUGUUUUGCUUUCUUCAACCGAAGCACACGACAGCGACACCAGGUCCAUUAACGAUGGCGGCAGAGGUUGCGCCACUCCAGCAGUUGAAACUCCCUUCGGGGCCUUCACCGAUUACUGCAGAGCAACGAUAUUGGAAAUCAUUCAAGAACCAACUCGUUCUCUCAUCUCCGACACAAUAUCCCAUCACUCACAUCACCGUCCCCGCGGCGAACCCAGCCACCCUUGGCUCUUCUAACAACGAUUAUUUCGCUGUCACAACAGGAACACGCGUUCAAAUAUACUCGAUAAGAACAAGAAAGUUAGUCAAAACCAUCACACGUUUUGGAGAUAUUGCGCGGAGCGGAGAUGUUCGACGAGAUGGUCGCAUAGUAGUAGCUGGAGACGACACAGGCAAGAUACAAGUAUUCGACGUCGGGUCGCGAGCGAUUCUUAAGACAUGGUCGCACCACAAGCAGCCAGUAUGGACAACAAAAUUCUCCCCCGCCGACCUCACAACUCUCAUGAGUACAAGCGACGAUAAGACUGUACGAUUAUGGGACUUGCCUAGCCAAGAGAGCACAUCAACGUUCGUGGGCCAUGCAGACUAUGUGCGUAGCGGUAGCUUCAUGCCAGGAACCAUGUCGAAUAUGCUCGUCUCCGGUAGUUACGACGCGACGGUCAAACUUUGGGACCCCCGAACGCCAGGUGCUUCCGUCAUGACAUUCAAGCACGCCGCACCCAUCGAAGACGUCCUACCCCUCCCCUCGGGCACCACCGUGCUCGCCUCGUCCGAGAACCAGAUCUCCGUGCUCGACCUCGUAGCCGCAAAGCCACAACACAUUAUCUCCAACCACCAGAAGACUGUCACUUCCCUAUCCCUCGCGUCCAAUGGCCGGCGUCUAGUGUCCGGCGGUCUAGAUGGCCACGUCAAGAUUUUCGAGACGACGGGCUGGAACGUCGUCGCCGGCGCCAAAUACCCAUCUCCUAUUCUAGCUGUCCGCGUCAUCACCGCCGGUGCCAAUGGCGACGAUCGCCAUUUAGCCGUUGGCAUGCAGUCAGGCGUGCUAUCAUUGCGCACACGAUUGACAGGGCCCGAGGCAACACGUGAACGGGAGCGUGAGAAGGAAAUGAGCGCUUUACUCGCCGGUACCAUCGCCGCGCACGACAAGAUCAAGGGCAAACGGAAGCGUCGCCACGGCGCCGCGAAGCGCCUCGACAUGGUGGGCGAAGGCGCUGAUGUCGUUGUCGCGAACGAUUUAUCCCGACCCAAGCGUGAAACAGCCUGGCAAAAAGACUUGCGACAUGGUCGCUUCGGCGCUGCGCUUGAUCGCGUGCUCGAUUCUAGCGCUAAGGAUCAUACUCCGUUGAUGGUAUUGACGGUCUUAACAGCCUUGCGACAUCGCAGUGCGCUGCGCGAGGCACUUGAAGGUCGCGAUGAGACUACCGUACAGCCUAUACUACGUUGGGUGCAAGCGCAUGUCGUGGAUCCGCGGUACGUUGGUGUAUGUGUCGACGUCGCUACGCAUCUGCUAGACCUAUACUCCGAAUUCGUCGGCGGCAGCGCUGAGCUUCAAGCUGCGUUCAAGAUGCUGCAUCGAAGAGUGCGUCUUGAGGUGGAAAGGGCGCAGACAGCAGUGCAGACUGGUGGCAUGUUGGGGAGUUUACUGACGAGUAUGGACUGAUGCGCUUAGUUGCUCAUGAACUUGGCUGUAUCUGGAGGUAUACCUUAAUAGGGAAGGGAAGAUAUGGAACACAGGGAGGAACAAUCACGAGUUGGUUGUCUUGUCUUGCAUGGCGAUGGCGAUGGCGUUCAAGGUCGGAAAAUAAGGGGUAUUUUAUUUUAAAAGUCAAUUCAGGAUCGGACUCGAUAGCUCGGCAGAAUGAAGCACUGUCUGCCAUUGGAUGGUCCAAGCGCCAUAUAGUAAAGAGAAUACAAACGAUACAUAAAUGCUACAUACGAUGAGAAGUUUUUAAAAUCCUCUUGGAAAGUGA